UUGCGAGUUCAGUGUCUCAGUGACAACGCGGACGCGUACGCAUCGAGACCCUUACGCCAGCGGGCGCGCUUCUCGUUCGAAAACUACGAUACCCGAGUAGUGUAACGACAUCAUUAAUAUAUAGUGUUGUUGUCGUUGUCGUCGUUUUCGUUGUCGUUAUAAUAUUCACAGUUACACCGCCAUCGGAGUGGUGGAGUUUUCACAAAAUGUUUUGUAAAAAAAGGCGAGACAACUCGAAAAUCGUGUUCCUACAUGCUAUCAUAUUUAGUCAAACGUUUGAUUAGCUUUCCAAACGCAGUUUUGAUCUGUUUUUUACAUGAUGUAAGAUUAUCCUAAACACUGGAAUCAUGUCAGAGUACAUAGGAUUUGGUAGUUUACCGGACAUAGUACAUCGGAAAACUGUCAAAAAAGGAUUUGAGUUUACUCUGAUGGUAGUCGGUGAAUCUGGUUUAGGAAAAUCAACACUGAUAAAUACAUUAUUCCUGAGUGAUUUGUACAAGGAACGAAAUGAAUCUAGUUAUGAACCCCCACAGACCGCACAAAUUGAAAAGAAAACGUUGUGCAUUGAGGAACAAGGAGUAAAGUUGAGAUUAACCGUUGUCGACACACCUGGUUUUGGUUCGUCUUUAAGCAGUGGCGAUUGCAUUCGGUCAUGCUGCGAGUAUGUGGACGAACAAUUUCGUGCAUAUUUCGCUGAAGAAAGUGGUAUUAUCAGAAAGAACAUAGUCGACAAUCGUGUACACUGUUGCCUUUAUUUUAUACCUAGUCAUUGUCACAGCCUGAGACCAAUAGAUGUAGAAUUCAUGCUCAAUAUUCACGAAAAAGUCAACGUCAUACCAAUCAUAAGCAAAGCGGACAUGUUGACUGAAAAAGAAAAAAUACAAAUAAAACAACGAAUAAAUGAUUCUAUCAAGUCCCACGAAAUAAAGAUUUAUCAACUACCAGAUUGCGAUAGUGACGAAGAUGAAGACUUCAAACAGCAGGACAAAGAGUUGAAAGCAUGCUUACCGUUUGCUGUAGUUGGAAGUAAUACGGUUUUGGAAGUUAACGGGAAAAAAAUACGAGGAAGGCAAUAUGAUUGGGGCAUAGUAGAAGUGGAUAACCCAGCACAUAGCGAUUUCACUAAACUUCGGAAUAUGCUAAUAUCCACACACAUGCCCGAUUUAAAAGAAGUCACUGAGGAUGUUCAUUAUGAAAAUUUCCGCACACAAUUGAUUUCAAAAAUAUCACAACAAGCAUUUAAAGACAGAGGAAAACUAAAAAGAGAUUCAAUACCAAAACUGCUACCAGCACUCGAUGAAACGGAUAUUUUAUUGAUUCAAAAAGAAGAAGAAAUCCGCCGCAUGCAAGAUAUCCUCGUCCAGAUGCAAGAUAAACUAAAGACCAACAACGAAAAAAGCAAUCAUAACCUAUACUUAGCAGCUCAAAAAUCACUGGAAAACGAAAACAAAAAAAUUGAAAACGUUAUCAACGUUUAAUCUAAAAUAAUAAAAUAUUAUAGUAAGAUUUAAUAUUGUUUACAAUUAUAUAGUAAAGUCUUGUAUAUUAUAGGACAUAUUGUAUUAAUUUGGUGUUCAACUUGAAAAAGUAUUUCUAUUUCUAUUUUACAUUUUUUUAUAAUAUCAUAAUAUUAUUUGGUUUAUUGACUUUGAAUUCGUUGUCGUUUUAUAUAAUAUAGCCGUGUAAAAGAAUACACUAUUAUUAUUGUAUUAUAACAUUAUAUUAUUUUUGUUUAAAUUUAUACUAUAAAUUAUAGUAGACAUGGUAAACAAUUAACAUAGGGACUAAAACAGUAGGUACUUCGUGGUUUAACUUUUAAGAUUGUUUAGAAAUGUAUAUAUUAUCAUCACAAAAUAAACUCUUGAUCGGUUAAGAUUGAA